GAGGGGCCAACUGUGUCCGGGUUAGCAAAAUAAACAGACUGCUGCCGACAGCGGAUUAACUGAGGUGUUUGGACUCAUCCGUACUCAGACUAAGAGUGACUGGGGUUUCCAUUUAAUUUCCUUCUCAACCAUCAACACCUCCAUCAUGACGGCUGCCGUGAGAGAUUCUGCUAUUGCGCCUAUUCGAGGUGCUGGUGAUGGCAUGGAAACUGAAAAGCCACCAGCCAUACUGGAAGUUAACACCGAUUUGCCGCCACCUGCUCUGUCUGAAGUUCCCCUCCUCAAGGUAGCUAGCCCAAAGCACAGCCCAAAAUCAACACAAGUCGCACCCCAAGCUGCCCCAAAGCCUCUUGGCGUUCUCCACCUGGGCAAAGUGAAUCGAGAUUCCUGCACAGAAUUGGAGGCUGUGAGGAUCAUUGUCCCACGAACUGCUAUCAUCCGGCAUGGCCGCACGGGACCCAUGGAAGGGAAAGGAGAGGCGUGGCAGCAAGGUGAGGAGCAGGGCUCUCCUCCGCUCCCUCUGGUGGAGGACUGGAGAGGACAGCUGGAGAAGCUGCAGAACUCUGAACGCAGACUCCUGCAGGACAAGGAGGGCCUUUCCAAUCAGCUUCGUGUGCAGACGGAGGUGAACCGUGAGCUAAAGAAGCUGCUUGUGGCUUCUGUGGGCGAUGACCUUCAAUACCACUUUGAGCGUCUUUCACGGGAGAAAAACCAGCUGAUUUUGGAGAAUGAGGCUCUGGGCCGGAGUCUUGCACACACUGCAGAGCAACUGGAGCGAAUGAGUAUCCAGUGUGAUGUCUGGAGGAGCAAGUUCCUGGCCAGCAGAGUCAUGGCAGAGGAACUGACAAAUGCCAGGGCAGCUCUGCAGAGACAGACCAGAGAAGCACAAGGAGCAAUUCAAGACCUACUGCUGGAGAGAGAAGAAUUCUCCAGGGAUAUGAUGCUCACUCACAGAGCUCUGGAGCAGCUCCUGGUGUCCCUGCAGUGGGGCAGACAGCAGACAUACUACCCCAGUGCACAACCCCUCAGCACGGGAGAGCUGGCAGCCGCUAAUCACAAGCUUGCAGAUGCCAUCAACUCCCACCUGCUGGGAAACAGCAGCAGCAUGGUGAAGAGCAGCAGUGCAGCAGCUGAGCAGCUCUGCAACACACCGGCUGAGAAGAUGGCUGAGAAGGUGCUCAAAAUUUUAGACCCAAUUGCUUGUUCAGAGAACAAGUCAGAGUUUCCACUCACUGAUUCCACUCCCUCGAACUUUCUCAGCAGUAAGAAGAGCAUAGGAAGAUUUCACCCUUACACUCGCUAUGAGAACAUUACCUUUAACUGCUGCGAACGAUGUACAGGGGACAUCCUGGUGCUGUAGAAAGAGUAAAAAAAAAAAAAAAAAAUCCACCCUGAAA